GUUGCUGAGUACUUCCCCUGAAAGCACUACUGAAAAGAGUGCGUUGUCCCUUCCCCCCACGGAAGAAUCCUGGCAACGCCUAUGUCCACAACUCCUUCAACGGCUCAGUGGUUUUUAACAAAAUCCAAGUGGCAUAUUGAGCAGUGUCUCAGUCAUCGCCUAAUAUGACUUGCAACAACACCGAGUUAGGAUCAGAUACUAUCCUUUUCACCAUAGCCCCGGACCGUCACUAACAUACAAGUCUUCUAAACUCCAUGAUAAUCAUGGGUGCUAUGCAUUGGUGUAAACUGGGUGUGGCAUUGAUUGCUUCCAUGUACCUGUUCAUUUGUUUAACCAUUUGGUAUUCUACGGGUUCAGUAUCGUUGUCUAACUUGAAGCAAGCAAAUAUAACAGGACGAUGGAGAAGAGCACUUCAAGGAGGAUACCACAAAAUAGUUGAACCAAAUGUUUCCCAGUCCGUUAUUUGGGAGAGACAGCAGAUGUCUCGAAAACAGCUGCUACAGGACAGGUGUGUUGCCUUCAAAGCCAAAGCCGAUACUUUUGAUCCACCGCUUAGGUACGAGGCGAAUAGCUGGAGGCGUUUCCCGAGAGAGUUCAUAGUCAUCGAACCACUGAAGGUGGUGUAUUGCACAAUCCCCAAAGUUAGUAGUACUACCAUCCUUCGGAUGCUUCUAAAUGUAACCGGACUUUUACCCCCAAACCCCCGACCUCGCAUUCUCGUGUCAAACAAUUUUUCCUCCCUUGAUCGUUACGAAUUAGGAGAGGCCGAAAAAAUAUUGGCGACUUACAAAAAAUUCUUGUUUGUCCGAAACCCGCUAGAAAGGUUUCUGUCAGCGUACAGGAAUAAAGUUGAGACGAAUGUUGAUCCAGCCUUUGAAGUACUGCGUGAUUUUAUCAGAUCUUCCAAUGGGCGUGCCAAGUUGGUAAAAAAAACGCGCGAAAUCAAACGCAGUUCGAUGACCAAUCACUUAACAGUCCAGGAAAGUAAUGUCACUUUCUCACAGUUUGCAAAGUUUGUAUUGUCUGGAAGAGAAAAGGCAUUUCAGCGGGCACGUCCAGGCAUGAACAAGCACUGGCGUCCGAUGUACGAAAUAUGUCAGCCAUGUCUAGUCGACUAUGACUGGAUUGGACAUCUUGAAAGUUUGCAGACAGACAUCUGUUCAAUCUUACGAGCCCUCGUAGGGGGAAAUCGGACAGUGUAUGUGCCUAAACACUAUCCAAGACAUGUUACAGACAGCUCUGCAGAAGACACGCAAAGUUAUUUUUUUGCGACUCUAAAGUUUCCACAAAUAGAGGCACUCAUUAAGUACUACGAACUUGAUUAUGAUCUGUUUGGUUUUGAUAUACCACCCAGUAUUGGAAAACUGAUUAACAAUGGAUAGUAAUAUUUUGUUAUCUGGAUCUUUGAUGAUCGCUAAGACAUACCGGACUUAAAGUAUACGAUAGGAUCUACAUACACAAAACACAACAUUCACACAGACGAGUGCAAAACCAAGGGCAACUAUAAGUUCAAAAAGUAAUUUAUAAAUGUGAGUCGAAGAACCGACUGUUUAUGUUUUUCAUAAAGACAAGAAGAGGGUACGAUAACAGAACUGCAUACCCCAAUGAACCACACUGCACAUGUUUCAUAAGUUGUCCAAGAUUAAAGUGAUAUGUCGUCCAACAGUAAAAUAGACAAAAUAAUAAUUUUGCAAGCAGAAGACCACGAAUGAUACUCGUAGCCAGCAUAUUAUAAGAGCCAUUCAUUUUGUAAAGUAAUUUGUUACAUUUGUACGAUGAGAUUUUAUGCCCAGAUCAAGACUGAGUAUAAUUUUAACAUGGUAAAAAAUACCUAUGGAGUAAAUAGGACCAUAGGUCUACUUGAAAGGUGAAAUUAUUUGAAACGAUUCACGAUGCCCUUUUUGUGUAAUCAAUGAACAAAACAAAGUGUGAAUAUGUUUCAACCGUUUAUUAUUAGUAUAGAUAAUUAACAGUCAAGGACUCAAUUAAGGUGGAGCCUUGAGGCACUCCACGUGUGAUAUCCUCAUUAGCAGAGUUUACGAAGUGAUGCGGUUAUUAUACUUACGACGCAUUACAGUAAAUGAAAUUAUUAUUUUUCAUAUUGAUAUGUACCAUCCUUAAAGUAUUAAGGUAUCAGACUUUUAAGACAAAUAUUCCCUCGUGUGGAAAGCAUAUCUGUAACUGAUACAGAGGGGUACACCCAACCCCAACUCCCCUAUAUUUGGAUUUGUUUCUGUUGGGCAUACCUUUUUUCCUGUUUCAAUUUCCAGUUAUAUUAUUUAAUAACUUCAACAGAAAUUUACAUGUAGACCAGAAAAUCUGCUACGCUCUUAUGUUUGGCCAGCAUCUUCAUUUUGGUAAACAAGAAUGUUAUCCACACCAUCAAUUACCGAACAGAACUAGAAAUCUAUAAAUCUUGAAAACAAGCCCAAAUUCUACUAUUUACCUGAAAUUAAUACAAAAGUCUAGAAACCACAGAUUUAAGCAGAAAAGAAAACGAAACAUCAACACAGUAUUUCCGAAGUGGAUAAUGCGGCGGUGCUACAGCUUAUUUCUUCGGUGGGAGUCACUGUGCGGGAGAUGAGAGCUUAAUACGUGUCUUUAAAAAUUACAGGGGAGCUACUCCUAUAAACCAAAAUGUAUUGAAAUACUUGGAGGCAAUAACAAAGACAAAAUGGCCCGUCACAUGAACUUUUUUUUCACAGUACCAUACGUUUAUAGCUGCUGAAUACAUAUAUCUGGCAAGGGUGCUGCGAACUAUUUAUCUUUGAUACAUUUAUCGUACAAUUUACAGGUAUUUUGAUUCAAUGUGCUUGUACGCAUCUCUUUAUUUUUAGUGUAAAUUUGUACGUGUAACUUAAGUUGUAUCUUUUUAUUUGAGAUAAGAAUAGUUUAAAAUUUAUCAUUCACUAAAAGGUUUCCUUUAAUGGUUGAAAUAUCUGAUGGAUUAAUUGUGAGUCAUUGGCACUGGUUGAAUUAAAACACGCGAGUUAUAAAAUGCUGAAGAGUUUAAUUUCUUGUGCAAAGUUGUGUUAUGAAGACGUGGACUGGCAAAACAUGACAAUGGGAAAAGCACCACUAGUUACCUAGUGGUUAGUUCGUGACGUACCUAACGCAUGUGCAGUGAAGUUGAAAUGC